UGUUGAGUCACCGAGCAUCUAACACACAGCACAGAUUAAACUGAGAAAGAGGAAUCAAGUCUGACCAACCGUCUCAAGGUGAUCAUUUGCCAUGAUUUGGAAAUUGAUUAACUUCAGUGCUCUUCUUCUUGGAGCCCACACAUCCCCAACUCCAUCUUCACCCUCCACCGCUAACACUGAAGAAGGACCCUGUCGUAUAGACAACAAUGGCCGCUCUGCAGACUGUCUGGGAAGACAGCUCAACAGUGUCCCCUGGAGACAAUUCCCAACCACACUCGAAGAUGUAGAUCUCUCCUACAAUAAACUUCAGGCUGUCCGUGCGGAUGACUUCCUCCGCCUCCCUCAGCUUCGCGUCCUUCAUCUGGGUUACAAUAACAUUUCACACAUUGACAAUGAUGCCUUUAAAAACAACAUGCUACUGGAACAUCUUGACAUCUUCAAUAACUCCCUGCAGGAAAUUCCUGCCAGAGCUCUGACACCCCUCUUGAAUCUAAAACAGCUCUACAUGUCCAAUAACCUUUACAAACAUGCCACUUUGGCUGAUAGCUUCUCCAAAUUUGUCAAACUCCAAGUCCUGUCUAUGGGUGGUCCUCUGGUGAUGGGUCUGAAGAAAGCCGAUUUUCAGCCCCUGAAGAAUAUCAGCUUACAAGGUUUUGCAAUCAAAUGCUCUUCCAAUCUAAGCUACUACGAGCCUGGAAGUUUAGAAGUGAUUCAUACAAAGCAAAUGGGCUUUGAUAUGGCCAUAGAUCAACAGCCAAAUGCUCUCCUUCACAUGCUACGUGACCUCGCCAACAAGACAUUCAGCGUCAUCCAGUUCCGCAAUCUCUUUGAGUUCAAGUACUACAUGGGGAAGGAGGACAUUUUCCAGGGUUUAAAGGACAUUACUGCCUCUCAGCUUAUCUUUCACCGAGGUAAAUUUAAUGAGAAUCUCCUGAGGAUGGCUUUAAUGAACUUACAAGUCAAGCCUGUCAAAGAGUUGAGACUGCAGUACAUUGACUUUGCCCGUUCACCCACAUUUGUUGAUAGCGGAGCAAGUUCCAGCAUCACAGACCUGGAACUAGAUCGGCUGGAUCUUUGGUACAUCAGCAAUCCCGAUGUGCUGCGCUUUGACUGGCGUUUCACCUGGUUGAACAAAAUUAAGACACUCUCUUUUCAGUAUGUGUAUUUCAACUCCGUGCCCUGCGAUGCCUGGGUCGAGAUGAAAGGUGUGGAGUUUCUGGAUGUCUCCAAUAAUCGACUAGAGAAUGAGGUCAUCUUCAACCAGCUGUGUGAUUACAAGGGCACCACUCCAAAUCUUCACACCUUCAACACAAGCACCAAUGAACUGACGAGCUUAAAAGACUUGUCAUUACUAACAAAGGAGUUCAAGCAGUUGCAGGUGUUGGAUUUUAGCAACAACAAACUCGGAUCUGCUGAAAACAGUCGGGACUGUGUUUGGCAACAAAACAUCACUCGUCUAAUUGCUCACCACAAUCAGUUUGUGAGCGAAGCCCUCCGUUGUCUGCCCACCACAGUGAACUACUUGGACCUGUCGUACUGCAACCUGGACCAGCUGGACAUGGUGUACUUUGAGAAAGCAACCGACCUGAAAGAGCUCCUGUUGAGCGGGAAUAAAAUCAAGUUCAUCCCAUCUAAGUGGGAAAGUCCGUCACUGCAGUCACUAGCUUUGGAUGGGAAUUCAUUUGGCCUCAUUAGCAAGGCGUCCUUUCAGGACAUGCCUCAUCUAUCUCAGCUGAAAGCAGGGAAUAAUCCCUACCACUGCACUUGUGAGCUUCAUGCUUUUGUCCAGGACACAGUUUCACAAGGAAAGGUCAACCUCACAGACUGGCCUUCGAGCUACAGGUGCUACCACCCAGAGGCCUUCCUCAACACAUUCAUAUCCAAAUACUUCCCAGGUCAAGUGGCCUGUGAUAUCAGGCUAGUUAUCAUCAUCUCUGUUGGGACCACUGCGGCGGUGAUCUUGAUAUUGAUGCUGAUCUGCUAUAUUUUUGACCUCCCAUGGUACACUAAAGCCACAUAUCAGAUCAUCAGGGCCAAAUACAGAGCUCACAAGGAAAAAGCAGCAGGUGAAAUAGGGAAUUUUACCUAUCAUGCCUUUAUAUCCUACAGCCACUCUGAUGCAGACUGGGUGAGGGACCAGCUCUUGCCCUGUUUGGAGAGAAAUAGAAACCCCUAUCGUCUGUGUAUUCAUGAGAGGGACUUCAUGCCGGGAAAGUGGAUCAUCGAUAAUAUCAUUGAGAACAUUGAAAGCAGUCGAAAGGUAAUAUUUGUUCUCUCCAAGCACUUUGUUAACAGUGAGUGGUGCAACUAUGAGCUGUACUUCGCUCAGCAGAGAGCCAUGGGAAAGACCUUCAGUGAUGUUAUCCUUGUGGUGAAGGAGCCCAUUGAUCCCAGCUCCCUGCCCAGCAAGUACUGCAAGCUCAAAAAGAUGAUGAGUACUAAGACGUACCUGGAGUGGCCCCAGCAGGUCAACCAGCAGCCGUUUUUCUGGGAACAGCUCAGGAGUGUUCUGGGCAGGCCGACAAUGCCCCGAGAGAGGGCGCACAGUGUCAAGAGCAGAACUCCAUCUGCGGACUCCGUUUCUGUGAUUGGACUCCCCAAGGAAGAUGGGGAGCCAGAAGCACCAAAACCGAAUGUGGACCAAGAAGCAGAACUCAAAAACAAGAUUGUUAAUGGCAAUAAUGAUGAGCCGUCAAAUCAGAGACAAAUACCUAUGGCCGCUUUUAUGUGUUCCCACCUGCAAGACGCUAUGACGACGCUCAUUGGAGUGUUCCACUCCUAUUCAGGAAAAGAAGGCGACAAGUACAAGCUGAACAAAGGGGAGCUGAAGGCCCUGUUGAAGGAAGAACUCUCCGAUUUCCUGGCAGCCAGCAAGGACCCCAUGGUGGUGGAGAAGAUUAUGAAUGACCUGGAUGAAAACCAGGACGGUGAGGUGGACUUCCAGGAGUUUGUCGUUCUGGUCGCUGCACUGACUGUCGCCUGCAAUGAAUUCUUCAUAGGCUUCGAGAAGAGCUGUCAGGAAGGCAAGGAAGGUCACCCCACUUCAAAAGACUGAAGUCACAUUAAAUCAAUAAGCCUUUCUUCAUACAAUUUACAAAUCAGCAGUGAUGGUCAUGAUUUGGAUGUAAAGGUUUGAAUCGUUCCUUAAUCUCUUGCAAGAUGCAUCACUGUAAACCAAUAUUUUUUCUUUUCCUCUUUCAAACAUCUUCCGUCUUAAUAAAGAUGUCAUCCUGUU